AUGAAAACUUUUAAUUAUUGUAAUUAUCGUUAUUUAAGUAAUUUACUAAACAAAAAUAUAGCAAAUUAUGUUUUAAAAAAUAAUUAUUCCUUCUAUAUAUUAGGUAAAAGAAAUGUAGAUUACCUUAAAAAAAACAUUAAUUUUUCCAGAUAUUUUAGUAGUUCACAAGAAAAAAAUACUGAUGAUUACUUUUUAUGUAUGGGAGAUAAUAUAGAAAAACGAUAUAGUUUAGCAUUAUAUAAUGUAGGAAAAAGAAAUAAUAAAAUAAAUGAAAUAGCAAAUGAUUUAUUAUUUAUUAAAAACAGUUUACUUAAAGAUAGAACAUUUCUUAACUUUUUAAGCACACCAAAUAUUGAGCGCAAAGAAAAAUUAGAUUUUUUAAAAAAUGAAUGUAAAAAAUUUAAUAACUUUAAUAAUAUAACAUUAAAUUUUUUGGAAUCCUUAUUUGAUUCUAAAAGAAUGAAUUUUUUACAAAAAAUAAUAGAAGAAUUUGAAUUAUUACUUAUGAAAGAUAAAAAAGAAAUAAAAUGUGUUGUUUAUACAGCAAAAGAAAUUGAUAAUAAUUACAAAAAAAAAAUUCAUGAUUCAAUUGUUUUUAAAUUAAAGAAUGAAUUAAAACCUUUAAUAGAAUAUAAAACAGAUAAGUUUAUUUUAGGUGGACUAAUUUUACAAAUAGGAAAUCAAGUUUUUGACUUCUCAGCCAAAUCAAAAAUUGAAAAAAUUAGAAGUACUCUGUCGUAA